AUGAACAAGCCAUGGUUUAGAUUUCUAAAAAAAGUUAAUAUUAUCACUCCUGUGACUUGCAGAAAGCUUUAUCGAGAAAAUGGCCUCACUGGGCGGCUCCAAACACACUUCAUCCAAUCAUUUUCCCCUAGCUCUCUACAGUUAUAUCAAUGGAGAAGCUCAAUUUACGAUAAAUACCAAAAAAGCGUACCAAAUGUAUUUGGAUUCUGUGUAGUUAUCGACGGAACUAGAAAAUAUACUUCAAAACGCAAGAAUAAGCAUAUUAUCAAAAAUUUUGAUGAUCUACCCCCAGAUUUCAAGGAAAGCGACGGUCUUACCUAUCGGGAAACACCCCUCACACAGGAAGAAACUAGAGAAAUUUUUGGAAAUAACAUAGAUACGAGUACAGCAGAUCGGGUAUUGCGAGGCUUGCACGGUCGUCGGGUCUCAGGUACACUUGAGGAUCCGUUGUAUAGUAACACAUUUGAAAAAAAUAUCGUAUCUAAAGCGCUCGCAUGGCUUCGAAAAAAUGUACCGGUGGACGAAGAUUUAAAUGCUGGCUUAAGGGCCGAAAAAGAAUUAGCCGAAAUGGAGAUAAAUUUAGUUGAAAAUGCAGAGCGAGUUGGUUUAUAUAAACCCAAUGCCCGCCCCGGAGAGAAUUUAUAUGGGGAAAGCGCAUUCGAUAGAAUCAGAAAGUCAAAUAUUCAAAAAAGAGAAGCAGAGAAUAUCCUUGAAACAGAUAAACUCAGUCAAGCUGACGAGGUUCAGAUGAAUAGUGGCCUACAAGAAGCACCUACCCUCCAUUCAAGAGUUGAGCUUCGAAGACCAGGGGAACAUCCAUGGCUUAAGUACUAUACUGAAAGAGCCAACGUCCUGCCUGACACUCCUCCAGUAAUGACAGCAUGGCAACGAAUUUGGCCCUCUGGAUUAUUAGUCAUUUCUGUUGUUGCUGCUAGUCUUCUUUUUACCCAAGUUUAUACCCAACCUACAAAGUCAGCAAGGCUUUGGCCUGAAAUACCUGUUUCGGCGGCCACCAUAAUCGGAAUUAUUAUCGCUAAUACGACUGUGUUUUGUAUGUGGAGAAUUCCAAUGUUCUGGCGUUUUCUUAACAAAAACUUCAUCAUGUUCCCUGGAUAUCCAAGACCCCUCAGUCUCUUGGGGUGUUGUUGGUCUCAUCAAACAGUUUCACAUAUUUUGCUGAAUAUGACUCUUCUGUACAUUCUCGGUACUCGACUACAUGAAGAAAUCGGCCGUGGAAACUUCCUUGCCCUUUAUGUCUCAGCUGGCGCCUUGAGUAGUUUCUUCUCCUUAUCAUGCUGGGUUUUUAUGCAGAAUUUUUCUUCAUCUUCAGUUGGUGCGUCUGGCGCCGUCAUAGCUGUUAUAACGGCAUAUCUGCUGUCUCACAGUAGUGAAAAGAUCAAGUUCUUCGGUAUAUUUCCUCCCGAUAACUGGCCAUCUAUAUCUGCAUUGUUUCUACUCGGUAUUCUAUUAUCCUUCGACCUUGUUGCUCUUCGCAAGUUUCAUAGGACUGGUCAAGGCUUGACUGUCGACCAUUAUGGACAUUUAGGUGGCUACGCGUCCGGGGCAACUUGGGCAUACUUUUUGCACUCUGCAAAGGAAAAAAGAGCUACCGAGACUACCAAGAGCACUGCUACAAGCAAUAAAAAUUCCAUCUAA